AACAUGGCGGUCGAAGUGAUGUGGAAAUGUUCUUCAUCAUUUUCCAAAGUUUUUAGUAGAUCACAAGCUGUUUGUAGCCUUUUUGGCGCAGAAAAUAAAAGCAUAGUUCGACUUGUCGCGCGCAGUGUUUGGAGAAGGAAAUCAAGUUCAUCUUUGCAUUCAGAAAAGCGUAAUCUUUUGAAUGACUUAAUUAAUAGAAUAAAGGUGACUGGUCCUUUGACUGUGGCAGCAUUCAUGCAGGAAGUUCUUACAAAUCCUUCUGCUGGCUACUACAUGAAGAAAGAUGUGUUUGGUGCUUCGGGGGACUUUAUUACUUCACCUGAAAUAAGCCAAGUAUUUGGUGAACUUGUUGGCGUCUGGUUUGUGUACCAUUGGCUUCAGACUGGAAAACCGGAAGUACAGUUAGUAGAACUUGGACCUGGCAGAGGAACCUUAUCAGCAGAUAUACUAAGAGUGAUAGGAAAGUUCAAGGACUUAGAAGAAAAACUUUCACUCCAUUUGGUAGAAGUUAGCCCAGCUUUGAGUGACAUUCAAGCAAGGUUAUUGACAGGAGUGGAAUCUAAAGUCAGUGACUUUGACAAGGAUUACCCACUUAGUUACAGACAAGGUAAAACACCAUCUGGAAUUCCUGUGUCUUGGUACCAAGCUGUCCAGGAUGUUUCUCCAGGUAAUACCUUUUUCUUAGCCCAUGAGUUCUUUGAUGCUCUACCCAUUCAUCAGUUUAAGAAAACAAACAAAGGAUGGAGAGAAGUCUUAGUUGAUAUAGACCAACAAAGUCCAUCCUCCUUGAGAUUUGUAUUAGCCCCUGGUCCAACGAUAGCAUCAGAGAGCCUUGUUGCUAAGGAAACAUCAUCCCAAGAAAUGGAAGUGUGUCCUAAGGGAGGGGCAAUAAUGGAGCAUGUGGGGAGCAUUAUCAAUCGACAUGGUGGAUGUGCACUGAUUGUUGAUUAUGGAGAAAUGGGAAGUAACAGAUUCAGCCUUAGGGCUUUUAGUAAGCACAAGUUGCAUGAUGUUCUGGAUGCUCCAGGGACGGCAGACAUGACCGCAAAUGUCAACUUUGCAUACCUCAAGCAAUCAUUAGGAGAGAAAGCAAAAUCGUUUGGUCCUGUUACACAAACAUCAUUCUUGAAAGAAAUGGGAAUUGAUGAGAGGAUGAAAGUCUUGAUGGCCAAUGCUUCUGAAUCCCAGGGUGAACAGCUCCAGAGUGGCUAUAAAAUGUUACUUGAAGAUAUGGGAGAAAAGUUUAAAUUCUUUGCAGUCACGCAACAUGGUGUGAAUAAACCUCCUGGAUUUUCUACAUCAUGAAAGAAUUUAAUCAAAAUUAUUGUAAAUAUCAAAUAAGAUUUUUUUUAUGUUGUAAAUAUUCAAUAAACUGCUAUGGAUCAAAAUUACAAUUAUUAUUUCAUGCCUAUUCACCCAUUCAUUUCAUUAUGACAUCACGUAUGCUAAGAAUCAUGACUCUGACGUCAUAAUAAAAUAGUAACUUGUUGGUUCUUUAGUAUGAAUAAUGAAAAAGACCAUCACAGAUCACCCCACACCCCAGUUAUACCUGGAGUGAAGAGAGGCAUUGUGAUUAUUAAGCAUCUUGUUAAGAACACAGUUGGAUGAUCCAGCUCUUGUUGUGUGGCCUCAAGUUUAAUGUACUUUAAUGUACCACAAAAAAUAAUUUAUAAAGAGGUAGGUAAGUAAGUAUGUGAGUAAGUAAGUAUCUUUAUUUAACGAGGGUAGCACAUGACAGUAUAAUGAACAAGUGAUGGCCCUCGACUAAUAAAAAGGUAUCAGAAGACUAAGCUAAAACCUACAUGUACUGAAACUUUUUCCAAAUAAUUUCUAAGGUACACACACAGACAAAGUAAACAUUUAAACUGAAGCUCAAUUAGUUUCCUCUU